AUGUCUGCCAAGGCCAUCCGCGAAUACGACGGCAAGCUGCUGCUCGCCAACUACCUCCUCCAGUCGCCAACGCUCGCGCUCGAGAAGCCCACUCCGGCCUUUGCUCCCGCGCAGACGCGUCUCGCGCAGAUCAACCUGUCGCAUGUCAGCACUUCGGACUCGACCGACCAGAUCGCCGAGGCCGUCGAGGCAGCGCUGGACCGGGCAGAGUUGCUGAACCCGUGGCUGCAGACGACAAAGUUGGUGGCCAAGCCUGACCAGCUGAUCAAGCGCCGCGGCAAGAGCGGCCUGCUGCUGCUCAACGCCAAAUGGGCGGACGUCAAGCAGUGGAUCCGCGAGCGCGCCGUCAAGGAGGUCAGCGUCGGCACCAUCAGUGGUGUUCUCAAGACGUUCCUUGUCGAGCCCUUUGUGCCUCACCCCCAGGACGUCGAGUACUACGUGUGCAUCCAGUCGCACCGCGAGGGCGACGAGAUCCUGUUCACGCAUGAGGGUGGUGUCGAGAUCGGCGACGUUGAUGCCAAGGCGCUGCGCCUGGCUAUUCCCAUUGACGAGCCGCUGCCGGCGUCCGACGCGAUCGCCCAGCAGCUGCUGGCCGAUAUCACCAGCAGCACGCAGCGUGCGGCGCUGGCCACGUUCAUUGAGCGCCUGUACGCCGUAUACGUCGACCUGAACUUCACGUACCUCGAGAUCAACCCGCUCGUCGUGCUCGAGUCGGCCGAUAAGUCGCAGGCGCCGCAGGCCGCCGAGGCCGGGCCGGCGAUGGAGUUCCCAGCGCCGUUCGGCCGCGAGCUGAGCAAGGAGGAGGCGUACAUCCAGGAGCUGGACGCCAAGACCGGCGCGUCGCUCAAGCUGACGAUCCUCAACAAGGACGGCCGCGUGUGGACGAUGGUCGCCGGUGGCGGCGCUAGCGUUGUCUACUCGGACGCCAUUGCCGCGCUGGGCUUUGCCGGCGAGCUGGCCAACUACGGUGAGUACUCGGGUGCGCCAUCCGAGACCCAGACGUACGACUACGCCAAGACCAUCCUCGACCUGAUGACGCGUACGCCGAACCCCGACGGUAAGGUGCUGAUCAUCGGCGGCGGCAUCGCCAACUUCACCAACGUUGCCACCACCUUCAAGGGCAUCAUCCGCGCGCUCAAGGAGUACAAGCAGGCGCUGAUUGCCAACAAGGUGCGCGUCUUUGUGCGCCGCGCCGGCCCCAACUGGCAGGAGGGCCUGCGCGCCAUGCGCGAGCUCGGCGAGACCCUGGGCAUCGAGAUCCGCGUCUACGGCCCUGAGACGCACGUGACAGCCAUCGUGCCGCUGGCGCUGGGCAAGGCGUCGGCUGGCGCCGUCGGCACCGGCUUCAAGGACUCGCUGUCCAAGCAGAUUCCCGACUCGACCAUGGAGGUCGACCCGCUGCGCUCAGCUGGCGCUGCCCCUGCCACCGCUGCGGCCACCACCGCCGCCGCUACCACCACCUCCGCUGACAAGACCGCGCCCUGGUACUCCCCCUUCACCGCACACACUCGCGCCAUCGUCUACGGCAUGCAGCCGCGCGCCGUGCAGGGCAUGCUGGACUUCGACUUCAUCUGCAAGCGCAAGGUGCCGUCGGUGGCCUGCAUGGUGUACCCGUUCGGCGGCAACCACGUGCAAAAGUUCUACUGGGGCACGCAGGAGACGCUGCUGCCGGUGUACGCGUCAAUGAAGGAGGCGGUCAAGCUCAACCCCGAUGCUGACGUUGUCGUCAACUUUGCGUCGUGCCGCUCGGUGUACCAGUCGACCAAGGAGAUGCUCGGGUACGCGCAGGUGCGCACCGUGGCGAUUAUCGCCGAGGGUGUGCCUGAGCGCCACACGCGCAAGCUGAUCAGCCUGUCGCAGAAGGCUGGUGUCACGAUCAUCGGCCCGGCCACGGUCGGUGGAAUCAAGCCUGGAUGCUUCAAGAUCGGCAACACCGGCGGCAUGAUGGACAACAUUGCGUCUUCCAAGCUGUACCGCCCCGGGUCGGUCGCGUAUGUGUCCAAGUCGGGCGGUAUGUCCAACGAGCUGAACAACAUCGUUGCGCGCACUACCGACGGCGUCUACGAGGGCGUCGCCAUUGGCGGCGACCGCUACCCCUGCACCACGUUCCUCGACCACAUGCUGCGCUAUGAGGCCGACCCCGGAUGCAAGAUGCUGCUGCUGCUGGGCGAGGUCGGCGGCGUCGAGGAGUACAAGGUCGCCGAGGCCGUGCGCGCCGGCAUGAUCACCAAGCCGGUUGUCGCCUGGGCCAUCGGCACGUGUGCCGGCAUGUUCGAGACCGAGGUGCAGUUUGGCCACGCCGGCGCGCUGGCCAACUCGGACAGCGAGACGGCUGAGGCAAAGAACGCCGCCAUGCGCGCGGCCGGCAUCCACGUGCCCGACACCUUUGAGGCGCUGCCGGCGCUGCUGAACCAAGUGUAUUCGGAGCUGGUGCAGACCGGCGUCAUCGUCGAGCUUGGCCUGGUGCGCAAGCCGGCAUCGUUCGUGUCGACCAUCUGCGACGACCGUGGCCAGGAGCUGCUGUACGCCGGCAUGCGCAUCUCCGACGUCUUCAAGGAGGAUAUCGGCAUCGGCGGCGUGCUGUCGCUGCUGUGGUUCAAGCGGCGCCUGCCCGAGUACGCCUGCAAGUUCAUCGAGAUGGUGCUGAUGCUGACCGCCGACCACGGCCCGGCCGUGUCGGGCGCCCACAACACCAUUGUGACUGCGCGCGCCGGCAAGGACCUGGUUUCGUCGCUGUGCUCCGGCCUGCUGACCAUUGGCGAUCGCUUCGGCGGCGCGCUGGACGGGCUGACGCCGCGCGAGUUCGUCGACACGAUGCGCAAGCAGAACAAGCUGAUCCUGGGAAUUGGCCACAAGAUCAAGUCACGCACCAACCCCGACCUGCGCGUCACCAUCAUCACCGAGUACGCCAAGAAGCACUUCCCAACCACGCCUAUCCUCGACUACGCGCGCGCUGUUGAGUCCAUCACGACCGCCAAGAAGGACAAUCUGAUCCUCAACGUUGACGGAGCCAUCGGUGUGCUGUUUGUUGAUCUGCUGCGCCACUCGGGCGCCUUCUCGCGCGAGGAGGCUGACGAGUACGCGCGCAUCGGCACCCUCAACGGCCUGUUUGUGCUCGGCCGCUCGAUCGGCUUCAUCGGUCACUACCUCGACCAGAAGAGACUCAAGCAGGGCCUGUACCGCCACCCUUGGGAUGACAUCUCGUACCUGAGCCCGGCCGUGAUCCAGGGCGACCGCGUGCAGGUUGGUGCUGCCAAGAUUGCGUCGGCGAACAAGUAA